AUGCCCACCAUCUUUGGCAACCUGCACCAGGCUCUUUUCCGUCAAGGAAUCGCAAAAACCGUCCCUCCUUCGCCCGCAGGCACACUACCCGCUUCGGUCGUCUUCAGGGCACCCACUUCCAGUCCCGCCUUCAACACCGAGCGUGCCGCUGCCGGUCUCUCGCUCGACCAUCGACCCCAAAAGGUCAGCACCAAUGGAGGGCUAGACGCAUACUUUGAACACCUCCAGAACCAGCAUGCUGCCGGGGAGGCUGGCGAGGUCGCAGAAGAAGAAUGGACGCAGUUUGAGUUCCAGAAGCAGAUCGAAUGGAAGCCCUCGCCAGCUUCCAUCCUCGUUGGCGAUGCCAGGCAGCUAGCCAGCGAGGAGCAGCUCGAGGCCGAGGCCCACGCACAGGAUGCAGAUGUCCCGUCAGUCCCGCGUGAGGCCGAGGCAGCCCUUGCUCACAUCAACGCUGCCAUCGAGAAGGAGAUUGAGAUCAGGGAGCGCCAAGAGGCUCUUGAAGAGGCCGUGGCCGAAUCAGUCCGGACCGGGACACCCAUCGAUCCGGCCCUACUCGAACGCGCUCUGACGCCUGAAAUCGAGCGCUCCUACACCCCGGCGAGCAUCGCACGCUCAGCGACGCCCCCGAUCGACCCUCAGUCCCAAACCUAUGCUGACCACCUGACCAAGCUGUCGCAAGAUGGUCGCUGGGCUGAGAUUCCCGCCGUCUUCGAGGCUAUGCUUGUUGCCGGUGUGAGGCCCAUCGCCGGGGCCUACAAUGCGCUGCUCAUGUCGCGCAUUCAGCUGACCACCGAGAAGAACGAAAUCGUCUCCAAGGUUCGCGAGGUUUAUACUCACAUGCUCCAGCAGAAGGCGAUUCCCGACAGUGAUACGUACAACAUCCUCGUCGGAUUCCUUGCCUCGCGUUCUCUCGAGGUGGCUUCGUUGAAGAAGGACCUCGAGGACAAACGCGUUCGCUUCGGUGGCAUGGACGAGCCUGGCAAGUUCAUGUUCGCUUCUCAGGAGUUCGAUCACGCCAUUCUGUCCGAGGACGACCCUCUGGACUGGGCCAUGAAGAUGUUUGAGACAUCGGUCACCACGUACCGCGCUGCGUACUCUGCCGAAUCUUACUACCAGCUCAUCACCGCCUGUGCUCGCGCCGGACGAUGCUCCGAGAUGCUUCGUCUCUAUGAGCACAUGGAGUUGAACCGAGUCGUGCCCUACGCCGCCAUGUUCCCCGCCAUGAUCACUUCGUUUGCUGCUACUGGCGAUCUCAUCAGCGCUGUCGAGGUGUACGACGAGUACCGUGCGCUUGCCAUCGCCGACGACAACGGCGACGCUUCUCUUCAGGACCGCAUGGACUCGCACAUUUACGCCGCCGUCAUCGACGCCUACGUUAUCUCCGACAAGGUCGAGGGCGCCAUGAAGUUUUACGAGAAGAUCAUUCAAGAGUAUGGUGUCCGCGCCGCGGACAUCAAGGAUGCUCUUGUCAGUUCUGGCUUUGUCCAGGCUUUUGUCGAGCGCGGCAUCUUCCAGGACGCUCUCCAGUGGGCCCAGCUCAUUGAGGGCGAAAGCAGUGUCGACAGGUUGAGCGCCAUGAACAAUGUCGCCACCCGUGCUGCCGACAGCGGUGACAAGUACACUGCCAUGACCGCGUUUGCCAAUGUACCUCUCAACUAUCCCGAAACUGCCACCUCGGCCAUGGCACUUUUGGCCAUGAGCGUCCGCCAGGGUGACGUCGCAGCUGCCGCUAGGUACUGGCACGUCCUCAGUGCCCCCGAGAUGCAGGUGACUCCGGCGUUUAUUGAUCCAGCUGCCAUGUUUGCGGUUGCCAUGAUCGGCUCGGGCCAGGUUGCUGAAGGACUGGCCCAGUCCGAGUUUAUGUUCCAGAGGAUUCGCGCCGUCAGCCCUCAGAGCGCCGAGGAGAUUGAGGAGGGUCUUGACUUCAUCCACCGCUUCAUGGCUGUGCGAGGUGUCGUCGACCCCCGUGAGAUGGCGUCGCAGGUCUCGAGCGGUCCUCAGCAGGCCUUCACCAACUCUCCCUACGGAUCCACGGCUACCGUUUCCAGCUUCGAGGACACCUUUGACCCCUAUGCCCACAACACCGACUUCAAGGGUUCGUCCCUGAUCUCUGAUGAGCUCGAGGGCAGCCACGGCCGCAAGGGCCCCCGCCUGAACGAAGCUCUGUCUCGUUUCCGCAACAUGCGCCGGGCGGGCCGCCACCCUCGCUACAUCACGUACGCCAAGCUUAUUUCGGCUGCUGCGCGCGACGGCAAGAUGGAUCUGUGCCACGACAUUCUCGCCAUGGCGCGCACCGACGUUCCCAUGCUGCCUCAGUACGCAGUGGUCCGUUACGGAUGGUCCUCGAUUCUUGAUGCCAUGGUUGGUGCCUGUCUCACCAUGGGCAACCGCCAUAUGGCAGAGCAGUUCCACCAGGAACUGCUCGAGAUGGGCUCGACGCCGUCUGCUAACACCUUCGGUCUGUACAUCACGACGCUCAAGGAAUCCACCAAGACGUUCGACGAGGCCACCGAGGCUGUCAAGAUUUUCCACCGCGCCAAGGCUGAGGGUGUUGAGCCCAGCUCAUUCCUCUACAACGCUCUCAUCGGCAAGCUCGGCAAGGCUCGCCGGAUUGACGACUGUCUGUUCUAUUUCGCCGAGAUGCGUGCACUCGACAUCAAGCCCACCUCAGUCACGUACGCUCUUUCGAUGAAAUGGGAGGCGAUGCCCAACUACAAGGCGCGCCCUGCGCCCUACAACAGUAUGAUGCAGUUCUUCCUGACCACCAAGCGUGACAAGUCCAAGGUUCUCGCCUACUACGAGCGCAUGGUCGCCAGGGGCAUCAUGCCCACGGCACACACCAACAAGCUCCUUGUCGACACCCACGCCACGCUGGAGCCUGUCGACAUGGAUGCUGCUGAGAAGGUACUCGAGACCAUCCGCGCUUCCGGGCAGAAGCCCGAGCCCGUGCACUACGCCUCUCUGAUUCACGCACGCGGUUGCGUGCUCCAUGAUAUGGAGGGCGCCCGCAAGGUGUUUGAUGACGUUGUCAAGGAUCACUCUAUGCCGGUCAAUGCCAGUUUGUUCCAAGCACUCUUUGAAGCCAUGGUCGCCAACCACCGUGUUGCCGACACGGAGCCCAUCCUGGGUCUAAUGCGCCGUCGUGGCAUUGAGCUGACGCCCUAUAUUGCCAACACUCUGAUCCACGGCUGGGCUGCUGAGAAGAACAUCGAUCGGGCGUACGCCAUCUACAAUGCUGUCGGCCACAGCAAGCGCGAGCCUAGCACAUAUGAGGCGAUGACGCGAGCGUUCCUUGCCACAGAGGAGCGCGAGAAGGCCAAGAUUGUGGUUGGUGAGAUGCUGUCGCGGGGCUACCCCAGUGCCGUGGUCAACAAGGUGCUGGAGCUGCUUGGCGGCGGUGGUGGUGAGGAGGGCGCAGUUGUUGCGUAA